AUGCAUUUCUUCAAAACCAUAAGCCAAAUUCUUACCAUGUUCGCCGUUGGUACUAUGGCCCUUCCUACCCCAUGCAACAUCGCCACGGCCCACAACACAGGGGACAUUGUGGCACGAUCCGAUACACUCUAUAACGCCAACGUGGAAGCUUCAACUGGCGCAAAGGAUAAGCAAAAGCGUCAAGUUACUGAGUGGUAUUGCACCACAUGCCAUAACACUUUCUACAAAUUUUCGGAUUUCCGUAGACAUAAUAAGACCUGCGGCAAAAGCAAAUAG